CACAGCAGUCCUGAAGAAGAGGCUGAGGGGCCAGCAUGGUGAAGUUCGCACCCCUGUCCGUGCCCUGGGAGCGCAGGCUGCAGACCCUUGCAGUCCUGCAGUGGGUCCUCUCCUUCUUGACCUUGGCCCAGACCAGCAUCAUGAUCUUCAUAGGCCUCCUCUUCACAAGAUUCUGGCUCAUCAGCGUCCUAUACUCAGUCUGGUGGUACCUCGACCGGGACACACCCAGCAGGGGGGGCAGAUCCCGUGAUUUCGGAAGGCGUAACAUCAUUUGGAAUUACAUGAGGGAUUAUUUCCCUAUCUCGCUGAUCAAGACUGCUGAACUGGACCCCUCCCGGAACUACCUCGCCGCCUUCCACCCCCACGGAGUCCUGGCCACGGGAGCCUUUAUCAAUCUGUGCACGGAGAGCACCGGCUUUUCUUCCAAGUUCCCUGGCAUCUGCUCCCACCUGAUGAUGCUGAACGUGUGGUUCCGGAUCCCCUUCUUCAGGGAUUACAUUAUGUUGGCGGGGCUGGUGGCAUCAGACAAGGAGAGCGCGGCCCAUAUUCUGAACAAGAAAGGUGGUGGAAACCUGCUGACCAUCAUUAUAGGGGGUGCCCAGGAGGCUCUGGAUGCCAGGCCUGGAAACUACGCGCUGCUGCUGAAAAACCGCAAGGGUUUUAUCAAGCUCGCCCUGAUACACGGGGUGCCUCUUGUGCCAAUCUACUCCUUUGGAGAGAACAACCUAUAUGACCAGGUAGAGAAUGCUCCAGGCUCCUACCUGCGCUGGAUCCAGAACCGGCUGCAGAAGGUCAUGAGCAUCUCCCUCCCCCUCUUCCAUGGCCGUGGUGUCUUCCAGUACAGCUUCGGUCUUAUACCUUACCGCCAGCCCAUCAACACCGUGGUGGGGAAGCCCAUUGAGGUGCAGAAGACCCCAAAUCCAUCACAGGAGCAGGUGGACCAGCUACACCAGCAGUAUAUCAAAGAGUUGUACGACCUCUUUGAAGCCCACAAGCUCAAGUAUAACGUCCCCACCGACAAACAUUUGGAGUUCUACUGACUGCCUCCCAGAGCAGGGGCUGCCCCGGAAGGCAGAGUUGGCCAGAGGAAGUCCAGUAAGAGGCACUGUGAUCUGAGAAGGCUUCCUGGAGGUAUCUGUUGAACAGGUCUCCAGAGCUUCCCCAGAUUCCUCCAAAACCACCCCCCUCUGGAUUCCAAGUCUCUCUGGCAUCAUGACAGGAGUCCAAACACUGGCCCUGAGAUUGGCACUCCUACUGCAAUGACUCUGCUAGUCCCUCUCUCCUUGGUCUGCUCCCCUGUGAUGCUGAAGAGAGCACUGGAACAGAAAGACAUUGGGGUCUUAGUCCUUUGGCUUAAUGUCACCCAAUAAGCAGGGAAAAGAACAGCAAACCAUUACUAGAUUCUUCUUCCUCUACCUUGAGUGAUGGCACAGAAGAAGCCACCAGCUCUGUUCCCACAAGCUCCCCCAUCCUGCACCCUGGACAUCCCAUUUCCUCUCCCCCAUGAAACUCCUACAACCCCCUCCACCAGCAUCAUUGAAUUUCUGGGUCCUCUGAGCUAUGGAGUGGCAGCAAGAGGGGCCCCAAAGGUAG